UUCAGCUGCAGCGCCAAACGCAGAUGGGUCAAAUACCGGACGAAAGCAGAUCCCGGGAAAUGACGCGUUAGGGGACGGUGUGACUAGUGCACCAGUGGACAUGGCGCCGAAACCGUACGAGGAUCUAUUUAUUGAGCCUGCCGGUGACUAUGAUGUCGUCUACGGUGACUACAAUACCACGUUCGUUUACUCUUGCAUUUUUCAGAAUUAG